UCGCGUCACCACCCGCAGGACUCCGUCACAAGUUCGCGCAAAACUCGAUCAGACCGAUCGUGCGCCCCCAUCAACGGCCCUGCUGCUCCGUCGUGUGCCUCCGCGAUUGUUAAUCGCGACCGAAUCCGUGAGCAAGCUUUCCGACGACCACCGCUGCAAGUCUUCACCUCCGGACACCAUCGUCCCUAUGCCUCCUCGUAGAGAUCCAGGUCACCAGGAGCUCCCACAGGCCACAGUAGUCGCACAUUUCCGCAACUACCAGCCAAAAAAAUUUUCCGGCCAAAGAGAUCCUCGUAUAGUAGAUGAAUGGAUUCAGGGCCUUGAAAUGAUUUUUGAGGUCAUGGAUUGUCCUGAUCGAUAUCGUGUGUUAUGCGCACAAAUCCAACUGACCGGUGAUGCCCGACUCUGGUGGAAUGCCUAUUGGAGUAUACGUCCCAGCGAGAAAGAAGGUUGUACGUGGGACCGAUUCAAGGAGUUGAUCCACAAAAAGUACUAUCCCUCGUAUUACCGAGCAGAGAUGGAGCGCCGGUUCCUGGCACUCAGACAGGGUACUCGUUCUUUUGACGAGUACGAGAGAGAGUUUACCCAUCUCGGAGCCUUUGUGCCCGAUCUUGUGGGUACAGAGGCGAAGAGAGCCCAUCGUUUCACUGACGGACUUCUCCCAGCAGUCCGCCACAACAUAGUAGGUCAUGGUGUCCAGACCUAUGCCCCAACAGUCGCUAUUGCUCAAGAAGUUGAUGCCAGUAUCCGACGAGAAGCUAUCCAGACACCAGCCCAACCAGUUGCUCAGCCACCAGCCCAGCCCAAUGUGGCCCAAUCAUCAAAGAACCAGAAGAAGAGGAAGUUCAGAACCACUCUUGACAACCGGAGGACUCGCCCCAGACCAAUACCAGCCUGCCCGACAUAUGGAAAACACCACC